GUUGAUAUACAUACACCUCUCGUGCCUGCCGCGUCGGUAUGUGGCGUUUGCAAACAUGAGCGCAUAUGGAAGCGAGCCUCUGCGCCUGUACAAGCGAGCUUCUGCGCCCGAUACUAGCCGGCUUAAGUGAAGCAGUUGCGUGUCUACCCGAGUCCUGCAGGGGAGAAGGGGCCAGGAAGCGCUUACGGCUCCUAUAAAUACGAUGUUACCGCCGCGUGGUGGGAUUCAGUCCAUAAAUCUCUGUCGAUAUCACCCCCGAAAGCCGUCGACCUACGGAUCUUUCCUCCCAGAUUGCAGUUCGACCAGCGGGAAACAUGAAACCAUCAGCCGUGAUGACCGACGAACCGGUUUUGGAAGUCGACUCGGAAACGAAUUUGUCUACAUCGGACUACUCCUCUACACUGGAAGGUUCCACCGACAGCAUAACCUCGUCGAUAGUCGACUACGUCUACGAGAAUGGUCGACGGUAUCACCGGUUUCGGGAGGGCAAGUACCUUUUGCCAAACGACGAGAAGGAGCAAGACCGCCUCGAUAUGUACCACCAUCUCCAGCUACUCCUGCUCAAGGGUGCGCUCCACGUCGCCCCUAUCGCCGAGAAGCCACAGCACAUUCUCGACUGCGGUACCGGAACCGGCAUCUGGGCGCUGGAUGCCGGAGAGCUGUACCCGUCCGCCGAAGUCGUCGGCGUGGAUCUGAGUCCGAUACAACCCAACUGGGUCGUGCCAAACGUGCGAUUCGAGGUCGACGAUCUCGAGAUGGACUGGACAUUCAGCAAGGAUUACUUCGACUUGAUCCACUCGCGCAACAUCGCGCAGAGCAUUCGUGACUGGCCGAAUUACCUGCGACAGAUGUACCGCCACACCAAGCCCGGCGGCUACAUCGAGCUAGCAGAAGCCGAGGCGGCGCUGCACUGCGACGAUGACACGUUCGAAGGCUCCGCGCUGCAAACCUACUUCGUAACGUUUAUCAAAGCGACGUCGGGGGUGCACAUCGUCAACCCCACGGGGGCGCUACUAAAGUCGAUGGUCGAAUCCGCCGGAUUCGUCGAUGUCACGACCCACCCAGGAAAGCAGCCGUGGGGCGGCUGGCCAAAGAACCCACAGCUGAAGCGCGCGGGGUAUAUCGCCACACUGAACAGCGCGUCAGGCCUGGAGGCCUACGCUAUGGCCCCCAUGACUAGAUACCUCAGCAUGAGCUCAGAAGAGGUCAUUAAUAUGUGCAGGGCUGCGCACGCGGAUGUCGACAGCAAGAGGGUGCACGCUUAUCAAUUGAUGUGGCACGUUGUCGGCCGGAAACCGGAGGAAUAAGGAACGGGGACUCGGGAGUGGGAGUGAGAGAGCGGGAGAGCGGGAUCCGGUUUAGUACAUAUUACAGUGCCAGAGAUAGCUUAUCUUUUUCUUUGUGAAGCGAAGCGAAAGUAUCGAAUUCACCGAG